UCCAACAGGUGAAAGCAGUGCGAUUCUAUGGGCACGGUCAUUAUAUUUGCGCAUGAAAGACUGCAAAUAUUACAUCACACAUUGCAUGGUUUAAAACGAGGUCGUAAUCCUGGUGACCGAGGGAAAGUACAUUUACUGCUUUUCGUUUGACAAGUUGUAAGCAACCAGUACGAAUUUCUGCUACCAUUGGCUACUUCAUCUAAACGUUCCUAAUUAAGUAUCUUGAUACUCUCGUAUAAACAGUGUGGUUUUACGUGGACUAAUUUCAUUUUCUUUCAUUCUGUUAGGGAACCUGGAUUUUGUUCAAAUUGAAAAAAGAAAGCUAUAAAGUUUACCGCAUAAGGAAAACCUGAAGAAGGCAGGGACAGUGGAAGAAACGUGUAGAAGGAGAAAAAGAAGAAGGUGGCAGGAGCGUCCGAGUUACACGGGACAAAGAUUCGAUGAAAGGUGAAUGAAAGAUGCAGUCCAAGUUGGUAAUACAGGGUUUGGUUUUUCUAAUCCUCAUUGGCCUCUGGAUGAUCGAGGCUAAGCGUUCUGUAAAACUUCUGACAAUGAGAAACCGACCUCUGCUUCGUCGAACGGAUAUUAAUCGUCAGGACUUGAAAUCGAAAAUUUGCUACGAUUUAGUUGGAUGUUUCGCGGAUCCUCCGCCUCGUUUGACACUAAAACGACCACCGGAGCAUCCAAAUGUGAUUCAGACAAGGUUUUUAUUGUACACUCGUACCAGGCGAGAUUCACCGGACAGUCUGCAGUACGGCGAUGACUUUACAUCGAUUUUGAAAUCACGAUUCAACACCUCCAAGCCGCUGAAAGUUAUAAUACAUGGGUACAAGGGGAGUGGAAGUGACGUUGGUGCGAUACUCCUAGUACAGGCUCUUCUGAACUUGGAAGACACAAGCGUCCUGGUUCUCGACUGGACCAGAGGAGCUGCGACGACUUACCAAGCAGCAGUGGCAAAUACCGAGCUCGUAGGUCGCCAAUUGGGUCUGGUCCUAUUGGAUGCCAUUCACCUAGGCACUAUUCCUAAAAACAUUCAUAUAAUUGGCUUUAGUCUUGGAGCCCACGUAGCUGGCUGCGCUUCCGAGAUUCUCAAGAAGAGGAAUAUCCUCCUUGGUCGUAUCACCGGUCUAGAUCCUGCAUCGCCAUUUUUCAGAAACCAUCUGUUCAGGGAAAAGUCCAGGAAAUUGGACGCAACGGACGCUCAACUGGUAGAUAUAAUCCACACUGAUGGAUCCGAGGACUUUGCUGACGGUUUUGGACUCCUGAAGCCUCUGGGUCACAUCGAUUUCUUUCCUAACGGCGGUAGAGAACAGCCUGGCUGCGUUGAUGUAAAGAACUCCGUUGUCGUUAGUCAUUUAAACGAAGAAAUGCUAACUAAAGACAUAGCUUGCAGUCAUUUAAGAGCGUGGUCGUUGUUUUUGGAGAGCAUGCACAUGACCAAUGAAUCUUGCAAAUUCAACGCCUGGCCCUGUCCCCAAGGGAGAAAUUCCUAUAUAAACGGAAUCUGUUUCCCAAUGGAGUCCACGCUGUGGUCCCAAGAGAUGGGCUAUAAUGCCAACCUUGGCCCUUUAGGAAUUUAUUAUUUGCCUACCCGAGAAGAGGAACCGUUUUGUGGGCAAUCUCUGAGAGCAUCGAUUACCGUUUCUGAACAAGGAACGAAAACAUCUGGAAUGCUGUUUUUGAAAAUGGAACAACGUAAUUCGACGAUAAUCUUCAAGCUUCGAUACACAGCAACAAAGCGGAGAAACAAACCGAUGACGUUUUACAAUAUUGCUGCGGCAAAAUUUCGAUUUUUAUCGAAUAAUCAAGUUGCGAUAAGAACACAGAUUUGGUAUCAAGCAAACAAGGACGAAGAAAACGAAAAUGUAAUCAAAAAGCCUAAUUCGGAUACUUUAUUCAUAGAUAAGAUUGUAAUUGAGGAUAGAAAAAAUAACAGAUGGGAAUACUGUGGUUCAAAUAUAAGUAUAAAUUCACAAGGAAGAACUGUGCUGUUGCAACGAGGAGAAUGCAACCCUUUUACUUCAGCGCAAAGAAAAAGAAUUUUUCAAAUCGCCCGCGUAAAAACAAACACGAUGAGAUGCGGUAUAACCAUAACCUCUUCUAAAUAA